AUGGUGGCAACGUUCAAGAUCGCCGUGCUGGGAGCUCAGGGCGUGGGGAAGAGUGCCAUAGUCCGGCAGUUCCUCUACAACGAGUUCAGCGAGGUCUGCGUGCCCACCACAACCCGCCGUGUCUACCUGCCCGCCGUCGUCAUGAACGGCCACGUCCACGACCUGCAGAUCAUGGACUUUCCCCCCAUCACCGCCUUCCCCGUCAACACCCUGCAGGAGUGGGCGGACGUGUGUUGCAGGGGGCUCCGGAGCGUCCAUGCCUACAUCCUGGUCUAUGACAUCUGUUGCUUUGACAGCUUCGAGUACAUCAAAACCAUCCGCCAGCAGAUCCUGGAGACAAGGGUCAUCGGCACUUCGGAGACACCCAUCAUCAUCGUGGGCAACAAGCGGGACCUGCAGCGGGGCCGGGUGAUCCCACGCUGGAACGUCUCCAACCUGGUGAAGAAGACGUGGAAAUGCGGCUACAUCGAGUGCUCGGCCAAGUACAACUGGCACAUCCUGCUGCUCUUCAGCGAGCUCCUGAAGAGCGUGGGCUGCGCCCGCUGCAAGAACCGAUGCACCAUCAUGUGA